CGGGACUACGGGUCUAACAGCCGAUAUAAUUAUGCGAUCGUGGUGCCAACAGUAAUCCCUCCCGAGUUGUCCUUGAUACAUACCUGGUACCUACAUACUUAGGCAGGUACCUUCUUAGCUGGCCAUUCCCACGUAGCCUUGCCUAGCCGCGGAGGGAUGCCAUCCAGAGAUGACACGGUCGAGUCAUCGUCGUGUUUUGGGGGAAGUACAGUUUGUUAUCCGGGCACAAGCCCAGCUGAGUUUCGCCUCGUCUUGCGCCUCGCCGCCCCUUUGGAGGGAAGUGUUGUUGUUGGCGGAGCCAAUGAUUCGUCUGAGUCAUGAGGCUGAUGCAAUGCUGUCCUUUCCCCACAAAGUGAGAAAACCCCCCCGACUACGGUCAGUCUGCCCUCACCCGCAACAGGUUGGACGUCAUCCCGGCUCUUUUUCGUGUGCUCCAGUCCAUCCAGUGGUUACCGUCAGCAGCCUCAUUUAGGUACACAGUCGGAGGUAUGCAAAAUUAGGUUGGAAUAGUAUGGGAGUAGAUAACUCGUCCCAUGGGGAUGAUGAUGUAUUGGAUCUCGCCCAUCGUAUGACUUUUGGUUCAGCGCAACGGUCUGCCCUACCAGGUCCUUCGCUUUGCACUGUAUAUGAUCACCGCUCCCGUCACCUCAAGUCACUUCGGAGCUCUCAUUCGACGUGAGUUCGUCUCCCCCUGCUGGUUAUCUACUUCCCUCAGUACCCAACCAAUGCUGAAUGAUGGUCGAUCAGCUGGUCUGGACUGGGCGGUCCUGAAGAUCUUGUCGAACAAAAUCUUUCCCCGGUAAUGCCCCAGACAGGUUGGGGAAAAUACAUACGCACGUAUGAGGGCUAGAAAAACAAACUACGAAAAUUCAAAUAAAAAAUCAA